UUUCUUUAUAAGCAACCACCCUGAGCUGGAAAUGGCAGUCUGUAGUCUCUGCUGCCUUGCUGCGGACUCAGGAUGGAAAUCUGCAGGGGACGGUACAGUCACCUAAUCUCUCUCCUUCUCUUCCUUCUGUUUCAUUCAGAGGCAACCUGCCGCCCUCCUGGGAGAAGACCCUGCAAGAUGCAAGCCUUCAGAAUCUGGGAUAUUAACCAGAAGACUUUCUACCUGAGGAACAACCAACUCAUUGCCGGCUACUUACAAGGAUCAAAUACCAAAUUAGAAGAAAAGAUAGACAUGGUGACCACUGACCUUCACAAUGUGUUCUUGGGGAUCCAUGGGGGGAAGCUGUGCCUGUCCUGUGUCAAGUCUGGAGAUAAUAUCAAGCUCCAGUUGGAGGAAAUUAACAUCACCGAUCUGAGCAAGAACAAGGAACAAGACAAACGCUUCACCUUCAUCCGCUCAGAAGAAGGCCCCACCACCAGCUUUGAGUCAGCCGCCUGUCCAGGCUGGUUCCUCUGCACAGCACUAGAGGCUGACCGGCCUGUCAGCCUCACCAAUAAACCUGAAGAGUCCCUUACAGUCACGAAGUUCUACUUCCAAGAGGACCAAUAGUACUCCCCAGGCCUUCCCCCAUUCCCAGGCCAUCAAUGACUCCGUCAACUGCCUCUCCACUCUGGCCAUCACUGGGUCUGAAGAUCAACUUUUGCAGGGUGUACAGUAGCAGGGGGUAGAAGAGCCCUGAUAACAUAUUUCUGCCUUCACCCUGUUGGCUGACCCAGUCCCCAUGAUGCUUCCAGAAUGAUCUUUCAAAUUGGAUCAUGGCAGGCCCUUGCUGAAAACCCUUUCUCAUUGCCUCUGCCCUUUGAGUGAAUUCUAGACCACUUGCUUGGCCUAGGUGUCUUCUUCUCCCCAUACCUUCCUUUUCUUCCCUUGUUCUGCAGGUCCACAGCCCAGACCAAUCAACUCGCUUGACCACACCCCUGAAGUGGCUCCCUUACCCUGUUUUAUAGACUUCUGCUGGUCUGUGGAGAAGGUUUUUUAUUCUCCUUGCUGUCCAUUUGGUUUUUGGUGCUUGGAAUGAAGCCCACCAGGGCCUCAUGUAUACUAAGUAUGUGUCCUACCACCAACUAUGCUUCCAGCUCACAGGGAAGUUUCUAAGGAUCCAGAAAGCAGAAAUUAAGGAUCUCAUAGUUAUUUUAUUAGGCCAGCCUUAUUCCAUGUGGGGGAGAGUCCUUCUUGUGGAGGUGAUGUUCCUACAUUUGUGAAGUGAUGGUACACAUGGGGAAAUAGAUAAUAGGUUUUCCUCUUUUCCUUUUUUGCGUGAAGUCCUAAACUGAAAAAUUAAAAUUUAGUAGACUAUUUCAUCCCUAUAAUCCUUUUUUUCUUUCUCAUUUCUUUUUUUGGGGGGGGGAGGAGGAUUUCAAUAGUCUGAAUCCCUCUGUCCAGCCCAAAUACCAUCUCCACUCCAAACUCCCCCACAGCUGCCUGCAGAUGUGCCCCACCAUUGCUGUGAAAAUGUCUGUCAGGCCCCUCCUGCUGUGGUAAAUGAAUCUCCUGAUCAUUUCUUGACCAUGUUAGCACUUCUAACCUUGAACACUGGUGUGGAAGUAGCUAUGGCCUCUGUUUCCUCUGUGAGCUCCAGAGAGCAGGGAGCAGUGUGUGUGUGUGUGUGUGUGUGUGUGUGUGUGUGUGUGUGUGUGUGUGUGUACUGCUUUGGCUCAUGGCAGGCAAUGACUAUGUGUUAUAUGUGCUGGGUGGAAAGUUUCUUACUCCUUCCUGUGACUUUAGCUGUAUUUUACAAUAAAACACUGAAAAUGUC